AAUGCAAUGAACAGAGCUCAGACUGAGACAGGAUCACAAGUCACAAGCUUCACGUGGAGCCCAUCUGAAUGGAGCCAUUGCUUUCUGACAAGUGCCAGCACUGAGCCCAGGGGGAGUUAUCAGCAGCAGCUGGGAACUACUGGGAUCCCCCUGUAGAAUAGAUGCAAGGCAUACCUGAAUAUGAAGACAAUCCCUGGAUUCCCAUCCUCAGUGAGGUCUCAUACACAGGGGCUGUGAUACUUUAGUAGUCACCACCUCCACAGCCUGAGCCUGGAUGCAGCCUGAGAGCUGAGCUUCUGCAUCCACCAGCAUCCACGACUUCGCUUAUUGUCAUCAAAUCAUAAACUUUUCCCCCUCAGCUGGGAAUCUGAAGACCUCCUCGCCUUGAUCUCAUACAAUGGGAGCUGGGGAGAUCCGCUUGUGGAUGAUUAUAUCAGUCUGCUUCAUCCAUGUGUCCCUGCAAGGAGAAUACCAGAGGAAGCUCUACAAGGAAUUACUGAAGAAUUAUAAUCCUUUAGAGAGGCCGGUGGCCAACGACUCUCAUCCACUCACUGUCUACUUUGGAAUGAAUCUGAUGCAGAUCAUGGAUGUGGAUGAAAAAAAUCAAGUUUUAACAACGAAUAUAUGGCUACAAAUGUAUUGGACAGAUUACUAUUUACAAUGGAAUAUAUCUGAAUAUCCCGGAGUGAAGAAUGUUCGAUUUCCAGAUGGACAGAUUUGGAGGCCGGAUAUCCUUCUAUAUAACAGCGCAGAUGAAAGAUUUGAUGCUUCAUUUCAUACUAAUGUACUAGUGAACUCAUCGGGACAUUGCCAGUAUUUACCGCCAGGAAUAUUCAAGAGCUCAUGCUACAUAGAUGUUCGUUGGUUUCCUUUUGAUAUUCAAAAAUGCAAGCUAAAGUUUGGAUCUUGGACUUAUGGAGGGUGGUCCUUAGACCUACAGAUGAAGGAAGCAGACAUUUCUGAAUAUAUCUCUAAUGGAGAGUGGGAUCUUGUUGGAGUCCCAGGGAAAAGGAGUGAAAGCUUUUAUGGAUGCUGUAAAGAGCCAUAUCCAGACGUGACAUUUACUAUUACAAUGAGACGAAGGACAUUAUAUUAUGGACUGAACCUUCUUAUUCCCUGUGUUCUGAUAUCUGCGCUUGCCUUGCUCGUGUUCCUUCUUCCAGCAGACUCAGGAGAAAAGAUCUCACUUGGUAUAACUGUACUUUUAUCUCUUACUGUAUUCAUGUUGCUAGUAGCAGAGAUUAUGCCAGCCACUUCCGAUUCAGUUCCAUUGAUAGCCCAGUACUUUGCCAGUACAAUGAUAAUUGUGGGACUAUCUGUGGUUGUAACGGUUAUUGUGCUGCAAUAUCAUCAUCAUGAUCCCCAUGGAGGAAAAAUGCCAAAAUGGACGAGAAUUAUUUUACUAAACUGGUGUGCAUGGUUCCUCAGAAUGAAAAGACCAGGUGAAGAUAAGGUCAGACCUGUUUGCCAGCAUAAUAAUAAGCAACGCCGUUGUAGCAUGGCAAGUGUUGAAGUUAAUACAGUAAGUGGUCAACAGUCAAGUAAUGGGAACAUGCUCUACAUUGGCUUCCGUGGUUUAGAAGGCAUCCAUUGCACACCUACCACCGAUUCUGGAGUAAUAUGUGGCAGGAUGGCCUGUUCCCCAACCCAUGAUGACAACCUUUUGCACCACCCACGCCACACAGAAGGGGAACAUGAAUUAACCAAGAUUUUAGAAGAGCUGCGAUAUAUUGCCAACAGGUUCAGAGACCAAGAUGAAGAUGAAUCUAUCUGUAAUGAGUGGAAAUUUGCAGCGUCUGUGGUAGACCGAUUGUGUCUUAUGGCUUUUUCUAUCUUUACCAUCAUUUGUACAAUUGGAAUUUUAAUGUCUGCUCCAAAUUUUGUAGAAGCAGUGUCUAAAGAUUUUGCUUGACUUCAAUUUCAAUUUUUUUUGAGCCCUGUUGUCCACCAGAUUGAACCUUUUUUAUACAAUCAAUGCUCAAAAGGAUCUCAUAUGCUCACAUUGGGGACAUGCAUGACUGUGCAUAUGUGCCAACUGACUUUAACUUCAAACUGUAUAAUUUUUUAUUUAUUUUUAUUUUUUUAAUUGAAUUGAAUAUUAUUUAAUUACACAUACAGGGUUUGUGGCCUUGUUCCCUCUGGUCACCAGUAUACAUAGACAAAAAGCAUAGUAAGAUAAGGUUGAAAGCAUAUUUAUAGUACAGUAUAUAGUAUCUAAUUUAUAUAUCAGUAGAAGAGUUGUAUUAUCCUAUUUCCCUACCACUUGAGCACAGUGUGAUAUAUAUAUAUAUACAUUUAUUUACAAACCGCCAUAUAUUGUUAAAAAGUAAAGUAUAGCUAAACUGGCCAAGAAUAAAGAUUAUGGUUUUAUUUUUGUAUGUAGAAAAUUUAUAUCAAAUAUAGAAAGUGCUUAAAAAGGCAUUUGCAAGAGGGAGGCAUGUAUUUUAGUGUAAAAAAUAAUAUAUUUUUUGUGUAUGUAUGGCACAUUUUUACUCGGAUGCCUACAAGAGGUGCAGUAUACAUGUGCAAUGACAUUGGGCUUGCCCUAAUACACCAUAACCCUUAAACUGACCAUGUACUUUAUAUCUCCACUGAGAACAAAAGGAGGGGUAUGUUAAAAUCCAGCAGCCCGAUCCUUCUCUCUCUUGACAUCUGGCCUUGGGAAAGUUUGAACACCCCUAUCUCUGUCCCAGAUAGAAUUUGGUAGGUUUGGCUGACAUUAAUUACCUUUAGAGUGACAUACACAGCGUUAUGUAGAAAUGAUGUAAUUUAACCAUUUAGCUAAAAAUAUUUGUAAUGUCAUUAACAUGAAAGAGAAGCCCAUUUAGAUGCACAGUACUCAUUUUCAGUUAAAUAAAGGUCUACAUAAAAUCAGUCACAUGUCAACUUACCCUGUACUAUAACUGCAAUGUAGAUGGUAGUGUGGAACAUUAUAUUGAACCAGUCUUCUUUACCAAACAUUUUAUGAAUGCAUAUACAUUGGUACAUUUUAAAGGGGUGUUGCUAAAAUUUUAAGUUAUCCCCUAUUUAUGGCAUAAGGGAAAACUAGGCCAUUGUUGGAGGUCUGACUGUUAUGAUGCCAAUCAGCAGAACAAAUAAGAAAUCACCCCAAAAUGAAAGGAACAGACUGUGCAUGCACAGCCAGUGCUCCAUUGAUUCUCUAUGGAGUAUUUAGAAGCCAAACAUUUCUGAGUACUACUAUUGCUACCCAUUGACUUCAAAGGAUCCACAGCAAAUCUGCAAUCGGAAUUUCCACCACGGAAAACCUGCAGCAGAUUAUCUACGUACAGUGAUCCCUCAACUUACAAUGGCCUCAACAUAUAAUAGUUUCAACAUACAAUGGUCUUUUCUGGUUGAAACCAGACUCAACAUACAAUGCUAUGGACAGUCCAGAUCUGUGAAACAUGUCAAUGGCUGGAAGAACUGACCAAUCAGAAUGGACAUUCACUAGUAAAAUACCUGUAUUACUGAAGCGUAUGCACUGACUGAUGUCUGGUAGCGCCCCCUACAGUACAGGGAGGUAUUACAUGUUCUGUACACUUUACCUGCUCCUUUGGACACCAGGUGAGGGCGGCUCCAUGUUACUUUUUUAGGACACUGUGUACUGUACAGGACCCUGAAGAAGCUCCUGUCCUCUACAUAGACCAGCGUUUCCAAACCAGGGUGCCUCCAGCGGUUGCAAAAAUACAACUCCCAGCAUGCCCGGACAGCCUUUUGCUGUCUGGGCAUGCUGGGAGUUGUAGUUUUGCAACCGCUGGAGGCUCCCUGCUUGGGAAACACUGACAUUGACAGUGAUUUACAGCUCCCAGCAGAUCUUUCUUACUUUUAUAUGUAAGGACUUGCUUUAUCUAUAUUAGUUAUCUGCUUAUUUUUCUUUAAUCCUCACUUUUUCCUAUUUUUGGAUGACAUUUUGGUGGCUUCAGAACCAAUUACCAGGUUUCCAUAGAGUUAUGGUCUCAACAUACAAUGGUUUCAACAUACAAUGGUCGUCCUGGAACCAAUUAAUAUUGUAACUUGAGGGACCACUGUAUUAAUGUAACCUAAAUGAAAGUACUUUUUAAAAGGUUCUAAACUAAACUUUAAUCUGUUUAGUCACAAAAUAGAAGUCACUAUGGGGGAGAUUUAUCAAAACCUGUCCAGAGGAAAAGUUGCCCAGUUGCCCAGUUGCCCAUAGCAACCAAUCAGAUUGCGUCUUUAAUUUUUAACAAGGCCUCUGCAAAAUGAAAGAAGCGAUCUGAUUGGUUGCUAUAAGCAACUGGGCAACUUUUCCCCUCCACAGGAUUUGAUAAAUCUCCCCUUUUGUGUUAUAAACCUCUUUUCUACUUCCAGUAAUAUGAAAGGGUUCAAUGUUUUCAUUCUAGUUGCCAUGGCUAUAUUUAGGGACAUUUACAGAUCUCUUUUGUAAUUGUAAUUUUGCGUUUUUUUUUUUUUGCACAUCAACUUAACGUCACAAAUGUACACAUAUAGCAUAUUUGUAUAUUAAGUUAUCUAGAAAAGAGGAGACAAUGGCUCAGAUUUAUCAAACUGUGUGUGAGAAAAAAUAGAGGCAUUUUCCCCCCAGCAACCAAUCACAGCUCAGCUAACUAGCUCUGGUAAAGUGAAAGCUGAGCUGUGAUUGGCUGCUUUCUGAAAAUCACUCUAUUUUUCCUCUCACACAGUUUGAUAAAUCUGGGCCAAUGUAUUUAUACCCCUGGAUGUUGCCAUGGUAAACAUAAUAGAAACAUAGGGCAUAUUUAUUUAUUUAAAAGGAACCUGUGAUACCCAAACAGGGAAAGAUCUAUCAAUCAAGGCUGGUGAGGUGGAGGCCACUGCAGUGACUUGUGGUUCGGGCAGAAUGAAAGUAAUGACUGUCUCUGAUAAAACUAAGUUUUGAUAAAUGGGAUCCAAUCUUUAUAUUACAAAGUGAAUAAACAGCUUUAUCUAUCAAAAGUGUUAGGAUUCCCUUUAAAGCAUAAUAUGGAUAUAUGGAUUUAAGCCUUUUGCAAUUCUUUUACAUAUCUUUCCUUGUACAAUUUGGAAAUUAGUAGAAGUAGUGGAAUAGCAGCGGGGUCACAGUAAUUGCAUUCAGAACCAAGCCUGCAGUGCACUCAGAAUGUUUUUAGACCAUUUCACUUUUUCACAUUUUGUUAUGAUGCGGAUUUUACGUUUCCCCCAUAAUUCUGCACUCAAUAGUCCAUAGUGACACAGUGAAAAGAGAAUGUUAGAAAUGUAUUCUAAUUUAUUAAAAAGGAAAAACUAAAUUGCAUUGAAAAAAAAUAUUCAGACUCUUUACUCAUUACUUACCAUAUGUACUCGAGUAUAAAACAUGUAAUCAUCAAACACAUAUAAGGGCCACAUUAUAUCCAUAAAGAGUCACUUAAAGAUUUAGGGUUUAGUUAAGUAACCUAUGAAAAAUAUGCUAUACAAAAUUACAUCACUAUGGCCCAGAUAUGGUAUUGCUAUAUGAGAUCCCACAACACAAUAUACUGCCAAAGGAAAUUUCGUGAAAAUACAAAAUAGUUUUAUUGCUUACAAUUAGUAAAAUGCAUGGAGAUAUUCUACAAAAGUGGGGGGAAGAAAAGAUCACAAGAUGGCACACUGAGCCCUG